AUGACUGUAGAUAACACACCGUCUACUGACUCGGCCAGCUUGAGGGCACACGGCAACGAGCUGUACAAAGCAGGCAAGAUCGAGGAAGCCAUACCUUUGUAUCAGCAAUCUGCUGAGCUUGCCCCGUUGGAUCCGGCCCCAUUGUCCAACCUGUCAGCAGCCUACUACGAGCUAGGCAAUUACCCGGCAUCAGUGACCGCAUCUGAUCAAGCGCUAGCUCUUCUUGAAGAUGAGGCGAAAAGGCAGAAAGUCGCUGCUCGCAAGUCGAAGUCACUCGUGUACUCGUUGAACUACCAAGCGGCCAUCGAAGCCCUUGGCUCAGUGUCAGGCGACAAUGACAACGCAGACACUGUCAAGGCUGUCCAAAAUGCCAUUGACAGCCAAGCGUCCGUGCAGGAUUGGGUUGAGCUACGAACACGUCUUGUGAACGAGCUACCACGAUGCAAGCCACAAAUUCGAAAUGUUCCAGAGUACUUCGUGGUCGGCCACGAUGUACCAGACUCACUCUACGACAGAUCGCUCCUGAAAACUGGCAGGGACAAGAUAUCGCUUCUGUUCGCGGGCAUCGGCGAUUCUCGAAAUUUGCAUGCGACAUUCCUCUCUUUCUUCUUGGACGAGUCCCAAGGCAAGCUCCCCAUGGACAAGGCUUUCCACAUCACCAUCUGCGACCACAAGCCGGCAGUCAUUGCCCGAGACAUUCUGAUACACGGAAUCAUCAGUGAGCUGGCCGAUUGUGGGGAUGACUUCGAGAAGCAGAUCGACAGCUUCACCAUUCCUCUGCUGUAUUAUCUCUAUCUGUCGCCCAUCAUGCCUGAUGCGUUUCACAUACUUCUUCAGAGGAACAUCACUCACCUAAUUAAAGUUCUGGAAGAUCCACAAUUCCGGAUGAGGACCCUUUAUGUACCACAGAUGUACAGACCGGCUAUACUCAAGAUCCUUCGAGAAUGGCAACACGAGGCGGGUGAAGAGUAUCACACAGUCCGUAUGCGUAAGGAGACGAUUCGACAACGUGCAAAAGACCGUGCGAGUCUGGAGUUAACCAUGAUGCAAUACCCUGAAGCGUCCACUUCGAUACACAAUCCUCCUGAGGGCUGUGAAAAAGAAGAAGCGUUCUAUCGUAAUACGGGUGUUCUGGUCAUGAAUUGGACUAGCCAUAACAAGGUUCUAGAGACUGAGCUUCAGAAGGCAUACGCAGACUUUGAUCCCAGGAACCCAAACGCCCUUGACACAAGCUUUCUCGACGUGGUUGAUGCUUCCUGGAAGACAAACCCGACGUUCAUUGAUCUGGAGUGGCAGCGAAAUCGAGAGGACUCCCAUGCCGAUACCUGUAUUGGCCAUGAUCCUUUCCGAUUUGGACAUGAGUUGAAGAGCGUAGGCAUGGCAGCACCUGAGAAGCAAGGCCUAUUGAACUACUUCGGCUUCUGGCUGACGUUCGUUGCAAAAGGCCUUACAGCAGUGAAGUCACGACUUCGAGUCGAAUGCUGCAUCGGCGAUAUCACUACCGUCCUGGAGCAGAUCCGGAUCGGCGCAGUCGGACAUAGAACGCCUAUCCCAGUCCAUGAAGGUCAGCAGACUGCACGCAGCGACACGUCCAAAAUUCACUCUGACCUUGCUAGGGAUGAUAAGUCCGCAAUACAGAAACCCCAGAUCAAGGCCGACCAUCAGCUGGACGAUUUCCCCAAGGCGUACGACCGCAUCCACCUGUCCAAUAUUCCUGAUUAUAUUGGCGGUAGCUUUGCUACCUUCCUCUACGCCAUGCCCGUCCUGCACCCGGGCAAACAGUGCUAUUCCAUGGCAAAUUGUUUACGAAACCCUCCGCGCUUCAAGACGCAUGUCCAUUUCAACCACGAAUAUCUCGCCGGACUCUCAUCUCCGUGGGAUCUGGUCAAAGCUUUCCAAGUCCGUAUGGAAGACAUUGAGCAACCUGACGCACCUCUAAUCUUGAGCGACUAUACCAAAUGGCACCGAAAACCUGUCUCGCGGAACCUCUCAAGCCUCUUGUCUCGAGAACAAAUUGAGCUCUGGCUGUUCAGAUUCUUCCUGAAGAUUAGCAUCCCAAUGACGCGAGAGAUGCGCGAACAAACGCUCAUAUAUUCGCCUCUGAACCUCACAGCAAUCGUUCGCCUCUGUGCCCAUCUAUACCACGUUGGCUAUCCCGCGCAUUGGCUCAGCGGCGUGCUCGAGGAAAUCUGCUCUGGAAAGAUCAAGACCCGAGCUCGUCCACCACGCUCUGACCCCCUCACGUUCGAAGAGACGAAGACCAGUUUCCCCCUUCUUUCCCAGUCAACCGCGCCAUUCGCUACCGAGUUCACAACAUUGCUGAGCAUGUCGCAAUGUACGCUACCCUUUGGGAUCCUCUCACCGCACAUACCUCCCAUCCAUCUUGCGCACCAGUACAGCUUCGUCUUCCCCGAGGUUCCAGAUAUUGUUGCCGAGACGCCCGUCUUCGUCCUCGUGCUCUUCUCCAUGCAUCAGCUUCCAAAAGAAGCAGAGCAGAGAGGCAUGCGGAAAUUUCUGUUGAGCGAUGAGACAGGUUCCAGGACGGAAAAGGGGCGGAUUGCCAGGGAGGAAGGCAUCCAUGUUAUAUCGACUUGGCAGUGGCACAGGCAGGAGAAGAAGGCGACCUUCUGGCUUCGAAAGGAUGUCUUUGAGGCUCUCGAUCAUUCCACAUGGGGCAUCUCCAUCUGGAGAACCGAUUCCUGGUUGAGACAAGCAGGACCAGAGCUUCUCGUCGAUGUGGUAGACGAAGGGCCGUGGAUCUCUAGCCAGAGCAAAGAAUACUAG